AUCCUCGGGAGGGCCCCGGGCCGAUCCAGAGCGCCCGGGCCGAUCGAAAUCGGAGAUGGAGGAGGCUUCACCAGCUGCAGGCGAGGAGGCUGCAAAGGCUCGGGUGCAGCAGCUGCAAGAGCAGCAGCGCCUGCAGCAGCAGAUGCAACUCCGGGCCCAGGAGGCCGCUGCAGUGCCGCCGGCUCCGCCAGCUCCGCCGCCAGUGCCGACGAGUCCGCCGAUUCCGCCGGGGUGGCAGGCAGCGCCUGACGCCGAUCCGUUCGGCGGCGCGCUCGGCGGCCCGUUCCAGCUGCAGGUGUGGGACAACUUCCGCAUCGCUUUCAAGCAGUACAUGGUGCAGCUCGCAGGCGAAGCUCUUCAACAGUCCAACCAGGAGACGGACCCCCGGAAGCCCGCGAUGAGCGCGGCGGCAUUGGGGGGCCAUAGCUCCGGCCAGGUCUGUGUCAGCUUUCUGACCAACUCCUGCCGCAGAGGGUUGAGGUGCACGGACCGUCAUCCACCGAGAUCACAGUGGGGGAGACUGCGGCGGGAGUUGAAGCGCAAAGCCUGCGCCAUGGGGGAGCACUGCUGCUUGCCCCAGUGUGCGUACUUCCACCCCCGUGAGGGAGAAGAAGAUCAAUCAGGACAAAUCGAGCUGCCAUCCUGCCCAGAGCCCGCGACGGGAUGAGAAAAGCUGAGCAAAUCGGGUUGCUGCC